UCCGUUUUUUUAAUAAUGCGUUCCGUUUUUCUUUCCUCAACGACAGCCGCGAAUCAAAGUUGGGAUCCAACACGGCCCUACUGAGAACACUCAAGUACACGAUUGUAGCAGCAAUGGUGAUCCAUUUAACGGCCUGUGGAUGGUAUUACUUAGCUUGUACAGGAUGGCACGGUAAUGAGACACCUGUCUGUCAGAACGACUCCUGGGCGUUAUCCUUCAACUUUGGCCAAGACUUGGACGAAGCAUCAACUGGAGAUUCAUACGUCAUUUCACUGUACUGGUCUGUCGCGACUGCUACAUCUACUGGAUAUGGUGAUAUAAGCGCUGUGAAUGAGAAGGAGAAAUGGUUUUCAAUCUUCGCCAUGUUGCUCGGUAUCGUCGUUUUCUUCGGCAUGAUCCUGGGCGGUAUGGCAUCCAUGUUGACCAACUUUGACGCACAGAGGGCGCGCUACACACAUCGCUUCAACGUUAUCAAGGAUUCACUUAAGGACCAAAGUGUUCCCGAGGACCUUCAGAAACAAGUGAUAGGUUACUACGAGUACCUGUGGGUCAGGAAGAAAGGUGUGACCGACGACAGUCUUAUCAAUGCUCUGCCUCUCACCUUCCAUGCUGAAGUCUCUCUCAGUGGAAACAAGUACAUUCUAGACAAGGCGCCCAUGUUCCAAGGGCUGAGUGACGGGUUUCUGCGCAUGCUCUCUCUGGAGAUCAAACCAUCGCUGUAUCUGCCGCGGCAAAAAAUAGCUGGAAGAAACGAGAUUUGCCACGACAUGUACUUCAUACAGAGAGGAGAGAUCGAGGUCCUAUCAGCUGAUGAUGACGACACACCCAUUGCUAGGCUCAACCAUGGGAAACUAUUUGGAGAAGUUAGUCUUAUCUUCAGCAUGCCCCGAACAAACACCAUCAGAGCCGCUGCUCACUGCGACCUGCUAGUCUUGGACAAGGGUGACUUACAAAAUGUCCUCCUUCACUACCCUGAAGUCGCCAAGAAGUUGCAGGAUAUCGCGGAUCAACGUUGCGAUGCAGCGGGUCUUCUAGAGGAGCGCGUCCGAGCCGGUGAAGGCAUCAUUCCUGCCUCAAAAAGCCUCUCAAGACAUGGAAACCCACAAAACAAACAUGACUCGGCCUAUCCACUCAACUCGUACGAAGCAUUUGACAUGGAAGACGUAGAAUCGGAAUGGGUAACUGUACACAGGGGAUCCGUCGUGAUGCGAACUGGACGUCAUCUACGUAUUUUAUGGGAUGACAUUCAAUCCCUCAUCACAGACACAGUCGUCCUACCCAACUCACGAUUCGCUAGGCUCUGGGAGCUCCUCGUCCUACUCGUCACCCUCGUCAUCGCCUUCCUCUACCCGUACUGCGCUAGCUUCAUCGCCAACCAGAAUCGUAACGACGAAGGAACCGAGAACCUGAUUCUCCUCACACACAUGUAUCUCAUGGACUUCGUACUCGUCAUCGACAUCGUAGUACGACUUCGAACGGCCGUCACCACGCCCAACGGUACAUUCAAGGACUUUCAUUACAUCCGGGACCACUACGUUCGGAGCUGGGGUUUCGUGGCCGAUGUGGUUGCGAUCCUACCCCUGGAUCUGUUCUGUCUCCUGCUACCUGUAGGCAUCCAACGGACCCAUGCUCUCUAUCUACUGGCUCUCAACAGGCUUAUCAAGUGCUGGCGGGUUCCAAACUACCUGCAAAACUUGGAGCAGAACCUUGACGUCAACAUCGGGACCAUCCGAUUCUUCAAGUUUGUCAUCUACAUUGCUCUUCUCUCCCACUGGAGCGCCUGUCUAUGGUACCUCUUCGCAUGCCCAUCGGGCAACGACGACGGUGCGCAAGCCGCUCCUGCCGUGGACAUGCCGGUGGACGAGGUGUUCACGCUCCCGUCACACGAGUACAUUCAAUCGUUAUACUGGGCUGCGGCAACGAUGACAUCUACGGGCUACGGAGACAUCAGCGCGCAUUCGACCAUCGGCCGCGCCAUCGCCCUGGCUGCGAUGCUUGUGGGACUCCUCCUCUACGGCUACUGCCUGUCCUCCAUCGCUGCUACGCUGGCAAACUCUGAUGCCCCAAGAGUGGGUUUCCAGGAGAAGCUGUUUGCCGCUCAGGAUUUCAUGAAGAAACACAACCUGACUCCAGAUCUUCAACAGAGGGUGGUCAACUAUCUCAGUCUGGUCUUCAGAAGACACAGAGGAGAAGCUAUCCCUGGUGGAGAGCGUGUCAUGCAUGACAUGCCCAUUCAGCUCCAGCAGGACAUCGCCUACCAGGAUGUACAUGAGACACUCAGCAAGGUGCCACUGUUCAAGGAGUGUGACUCUAACUUCUUGCGCAUGCUUGCACUGAAGCUCCAUGUGUUCAUCUUCAUGCCUGGUGAUGUUAUCGUAUAUCAGGGGGAUAUGGGUCGCGAGAUGUACUUCAUCAGAAGAGGUACCUGUGAGGUUUUGUCCAAAGACGGCAAUCAUGUGAUGAGCAACAUUGGACCUGGCCAGUACUUUGGCGAGGUUGGCCUAAUCUUUGGGGAUUACCGCACGGCCACCGUGCGUGCAGCAUCAUACUGUGAAUUGUUGAUGCUGAAGCGAGUGGAUCUCGACCGGGUGCUCAAGUUCUUCCCUCUGAUUGAGAAGCAAUUCUCAGAUGCAGCAAGGAACCAAGGCCAUCUGAGAGAGCUGAGAGAUGCAUCCAAAGUAGACAAGAAACCAGUUGAAUUCACUCCUGGUACUGUGUUGGAGCCAGAGGAUGAUGAGGAUUCCGAGGACAUGUCUCUCUACCCUGCAGCCACCUCUCUCAGACCCGUAGAUAUCUCCAUCAAGAUCUUUGACAAGAAAAGUGAGGAUUUCCAGGAGCCAUUCCAGGAAAUCAGUCUGCUGAGUCGUCUCUUUGCCAAACUUCUCAUGAGUCGUGCUUUCAUCCCGAAUGGAACAUGCUUCAAGCGUUGGGAAGCGAUCCGUGUUGCUGUGGCAAUCCUGGCUGCCUUCACGGUAACCCUUCAAGCGGCUUUCCUUCACAUGAACAUCGGACUUUGGGUCGUCACCUACGGCCUAGAUUUCAUCUGCUUCGUUGACAUGUACCUGAAGUUCCACACUGCAUUCUACAAUGAGAGCAACGUGCUAGUCACUCAUCCAUUGUCAACUGCUAAGCACUAUCUGAGAACCAACUUCCUGAUUGACGUCCUUGCUUGCUUCCCAACCGAGCUGAUAGCUUAUGCAUUGAUUGGAAAUUUCUCUCAGGAAGCUAUUCAUGUCUAUGCCUUGGUGAGAAUCAACAGGCUUCUGCAGCUAUACAGAGUGCCACUUGCUUUCAACUACUUGGAGUCCGAUGUCCAGAAUUUGACAGGAAACAUCAGAAUGAUGAAGUUCUUCUUCUACAUGGUCCUAUUCAUUCACAUGCUGGCGUGUAUGUGGUACAUGAAUGCUUGUCCACCGGUCUUCAAGUAUCCGAUUACCGGCGAGACUUUCAACGGCUUCAUCACCACCAACUUCCACCGCUGCAAGAACAACUCCUGGACGUCCAAAACGGACACAAGUUUCUAUGACCAACCAAUUGCUGCCCAAUAUGUGACUAGUAUGUACUGGGCCUCAGCCACCGGAGCCUCAGUAGGAUACGGAGAUAUCCAUGCCAACAGUGUCUCCGAGAUGAUCUUGGCUCUCUUCUCCAUGAUCGUUGGUAUUGUCUUUUUCGGGUACAUCAUAGCUAGCGUAGCAGCCAGUUUGGCCAACGCAGACGCCCAGAGAGCACGAUACCAGGAGAAGCUUACUGCUAUUGCAAGAUACCUCAAGGAUCAGCGUGUAGAGAAAUCCUUGGCCCAGCACGUUGACGUCUACUACAACUACAUGUGGUUAAGGACCAAGGGUGUAGAACCAGACUCUCUCUUUGAUGGACUUCCUCUAGCUCUCAAAGCCGAUGUCUCCCUCAACCUCUAUCAAGGGAUCAUCAACAAGGUACCAUUGUUCACGAACACAGAGAUAGGCUUUCAAAAGAUGUUGGCCAUGUGUAUCAAGCCAGUCUACUACCUCAACAGGGAAUACAUAGUACGCAAGCAUGACUUUGGAAAAGAAAUGUUCUUUAUACAUCGUGGUCUCGUUGAGGUGGUCUCUGAAGACGGGUCAAUCGUCUUCGAUACGAUGCAAGCUGGUAGAUUCUUUGGUGAAAUAAGUCUGGUCUUCAGUUGUCCAAGAACAGCCUCCAUUAGGGCCCAGAACAAUGUGGACAUGUUUGUGCUGAACAAGGAAGAUUUAGACGAAGUACUGACCCACUACCCAUCCAUCAAGGACCAGAUCAAUAAGGUUGCAGAAGAUAGGAUCACUGCUGUACGCAAGAGAAGUGAGGCCAAGGUUGACCAGGCAAGCAAUACCCCAAACAACAGCAAUAACAACAGCAUCAAGGGUAGUAGCUUCAACAGCAUCGAGAAGUCUGAGAACUCCACAGCAAGCGCAAGCAGCAGCGGUCACCCAUCAUGCUCCUCCACAGCCGACAACGCCAGCAGCCAGACCAAACCGGAAGAUGGACAUUCCACCGGUACCGCUGCAGCCGCCAGCGAUAACAGGAGCGAGCCUGAAAGCCCCAGCGUCAGCAGCACAGCAGCCACGACGCCAACGUCUACUGAACCACCACCUCCCAGUGCUGCCCCCAUGAAGCCGGCCCGGCAGAUCCCUCAGCCUAAUGCCAACAACAAUGCCAGCACUGGAGAAGGCAGUGGUAACAACAACAACCAAGGAGGAAAUAAUGCCUCAAACACGCAGUCUGACCCGUCAGCCCCUGAUAGUUCCUCCUCCACGACCCACGUACCCACUCGCUACCCGAUGCCCUUCUGCUGCAUCAGACGGGACAAGAACUACCUAGAGGCACUUCUCCAUGCCAACCGCUUCGUUCUGAACCCUGACAGCCCAGUGGUGCGGAACUUGGCCAGACUGACGUGCGUUCUGGCUGUAGCUACUUCGUGGACCAUCAUGUAUCAGGCAUUCUACCAGGUUCAGAGCAUGCCUUUCCUCAUCUUCAGCUACGUCUGUGAAUGUGUCUUCAUCUUUGAGAUCUACAUCAAGUUUCAUGUCAGCAAUGCGGACGAGUAUGGUGCGCUCGAGAAAGACUUCGGCAAGAUAUACAAGAGCUACUUACGCAAGUGGAGCGGUUUUGCCCAGGACUUGAUACCCACGCUUCCCAUAGAGCUCUUUGCCUUCCUUGCCCAGGGGGACAAACAAUUUGCAGUGCUGUCGUUCUUGCGGUUCCGUCAGGUUAUACGUCUGAUGCGUGUCUCUCAGUUCUUUGACAGAUGGGAACAGGAACUCAAUAUCAACAUCUUGAAAGUGAGAUUGACCAAGUUCCUGGUGUUACUACUGAUCAUCAUUCAUCUGUUUGCUAGCAUCUGGUACACCAUAGCAUGUCCUCUGAGUAAUUGCAAAAACGGCUCAUGGGCUACUAUGAUGGGUUACACAGAAAAUGAACCGUACAUCUUCUACCGUUACUGUGAUACUAUCUACUGGGCUGUGGCUACGUUGACAUCAACAGGAUAUGGUGAUAUCCAUGCAUACAGUGUUCCUGAGCUAGUAUUUGCAAGUAUGGUGAUGGUGUUUGGAAAGCUACUCUUUGGUUGGGUGCUCGGAAACAUCGCCUCCACCCUCGCAAACGAAGAGUCGGGACGAGUCAGCUAUGAGGAGAGACUUGCAGCGGUCAAGGACCAAAUGAAGGACAUGAGAUUAAACAGUAAGCUGAGGAAUCGAGUCAUCAGCUACUUUGACUACUUAUGGGCACGCAACAAGGGUAUAGAUCAGAGUAUCCUAUUCAGAGAUGCCCCAUUCUGUCUCCAGACUGAUCUAAGUCUCGAUGUCGCAGGCGAUCAUCUACAGAAGGUGGCUCUAUUCCGAGAGGCUGAUGAAGCAUUCCUUCGUGCUCUUUCCCUGAUGCUCAAACCUGUUCUCUUCAUGCCUAAUGAUCUGAUUGUCAGACAGGGAGACGUAGGAGAUGAAAUGUACUUCAUCUGUAGAGGAGUGGUUGAAGAGCUGGAAGUGAACAGCCAUUCUCGUGUUGCCAGGGUUCUAGAGACCGGCGAAUUCCUAGACGACAUCAACCUCCUCUACGACGUCCCACGGCGAACCUCGUACCGGGCUCGAACCCACGUGGACGUCCUUUCACUGUCGGUGCAUGAUCUGAAGUCUGUGCUGGAGCAGUAUCCGCAGGUGGAAGCGCAGAUCCGUCGGAUCGGGAAAGAGCUCUACGGCGACUAUGCCAGUAGUGUGAACGCCCAAGAGAACUUCCCUGCCAAGCAAACUGAAGUCUAA